CGCAAUACACUCCUGUGUAUGUGAGAGAUACCGUGAGCACACAUGACUCGGAAAAUAGCGUGCGGUCGCGCAUAUCAGGGCAUGAUCUCAGGGCUAUGCUGCGUUAGCAUUGUGUAUCCUGCAUCGGGCGAAGUGGACGUCACAUUUUACUUCGCAUUUCGACUUGACUUGGCGCUAAAAAAAUAUGCGUAAACUCGCGACCAGUGGUUCGUCGUCGUCGUUGGCCUGUGCGUGCUCGAUCGAUACGCCAUUGCGGCGCGGCGUGCCAAGUAAAUCGGUCGUCUGACGAUGCCCACGGCGACGGUGGUGGUGGCGACGGAGGUGUGAUAUCUGUCAAGCAAGAACGUCGAGGAAGGGAACAAGAAAAUAACAAAUCACCAGUUCAAACGCAAGAGCUGCAGUUUUGAAGCAAAGAGUGUGAUCUUAAACGGGAUGACUCAAAAAAAGGAUUCAAAUCACAACCUGCGGUGAUGAUAGAGGGACAUGUGUUUUGCUGAUUGCCACUCGGACCACUCGGGCCAGGCCACCGACCCGUACCCGUGACCGAGCCCUGCAUUUUGGGUCGUGUGUGUGGGAUGUGAUCAGGCCCUUGUCUGUGAGAAAUGUGCCCAGGCUCUGGUUGUGUGAUAAGUGUUCAGGUGGGCCCCUUUUAGCUGCCAGUGAUAUGUGACCAGACCUCUCUUGUGUGAUUGUGAUUCGAGCGAGCGCUUGCGUUUCCUCACCGCGGCCGCCACCUUCGACCUUCGGGGACGCGUCGGAGCGACGUCGUUGUUUGACUGAUAAGUACCAGUUACAUGUGUCAUGUGCCUGGACACGAUGUUGCGGUGGUGCGACGGCUGCGUCGCGACGUCGACGGCGACGCGACAGCGGGGUCAGACUUGGUAAAGCAAAAAGAUAGUGAUUCGGUCAGUUAGAGUCGAUCGCUCCGAGGAAUGGGGGUCGUCGAUGAGAUGGACCGGGCUUAUCUCUGCUCUCCGCGAAAGGAGUGAGCGCGUGUGCAAAUCGUGAGCCAGCCAACUUUUGUGUCAACUCGGGGCUUUUGUGUCAAAUCCUGGUUUUUGUGUCGAUCGAGUAUAAUGGAGACGCUACUACCGGGGAAGACAAACAGCACGAGUUACAAUCCUCAGCUUAAAACGGUGUUGAAGACCUAUCAGCUAUCGGCCGUCAAGAGUCUCCAGGGUCCGAGCUCUGCGCUCCUGGGCAUGGAAUGCAAAAACCUGCUCCAGGAACAAGGUUUCCGUUUCUCUCCUCCUAAUGGUCCGGAUUUGGUUCCAGAAUGUGGGAAGACGAUAAUAAAAGAUCGGAUAUCACCAGUACCAGGUUUGUGUAAAAAUCCCACUGCGGGGCGACUCGAUGAUUCUGACGACGAUCCCCCGGAGAGAGUUAAAGUGCCAGGGGAGAAAAGGGAACUUGAGUUUCCGAUUCCUAUAUUGACAGCUCCUGAUCAGAGCUGCUCAGAGAGGUGCGAAACCUUGCUUGAAGGGGAGAGGAUAUCGUGCUUUGUUGUGGGUGGAGAAAGGAGGUUAUGUCUGCCACAAAUACUGAACACCGUUUUGCAAGAUUUUUCGUUGCAGCAGAUUAAUCAGGUUUGUGACGAAUUGCAAAUUUAUUGUUCAAGAUGCACAAGGGAUCAGUUGGAAGAACUGAAGUUGUCAGGGAUUUUGCCGAGAAAUGCACCUUCCUGUGGACUUAUUACGCAGACUGAUGCUGAGAGAUUGGUCAGUGCUCUAUUGUCGAGAGCAGAACCUUGCUUGGCGAUUCCAAUUCAGGAACAUGAAUUGGAGGAAAAGGAACUUCAUAAAAAGGAAAUUGAUGAAGAUUGUGUGUCGAGAUUUAAAGUGUAUCAUGAGUGUUUUGGGAAGUGCAAGGGGAUUUUUGAUGCGGAUUUGUUUCUUACGGAGGACUCUGCUUGUAUUGAGUGUUUGGAGUGCGGGUUGAGGUUUUCGCCUGCAAGGUUUGUGAGGCAUGCCCAUCGGUCCCUGGAGAACCGGACAUGUCAUUGGGGAUUUGAUUCCGCAAAUUGGAGAUCUUACCUUCUGCUGUCAAGGGACCAGGGGCAUUACAAUAAAGUUGUUAAUUUCUUUCAGGAUCUCAAAGAAAGGCAUUUGGUUCCGAACUCGAAACGAAAAUUUGAGUUCCGGUACGAACAUGAUAAGCUGGCGAAGAAAUUAAAAAAGGAUAUAGCCAAGGAAGAAUUCCCUGGAGGAGUUUAUAACGGAAAUGGACUAGGAUUGUAUCAUCCUGUUUCAACAGUAGCUAAUGCGAAUGAUCAGUACCUUCAAAUGCAAUGGGCUGUUUUCGAAUUAGCUGCGAGGGGAGCAUCUGCUUUUAGGCCCUGGAAUGCUCCAGGUGCAUGUAAACUUAGAGAAAGUUCGCCACUGGUGCCUGCGUAUCUCAGCAGAGGACCACCAGUGCUGCAACAUCCGGAACGAGUGGUCCCUCUCUCGGAGUGUGAGCGCUUUGAGCCUCAUUACCAGCCCAAUGUUGCACUCGCACCAAUUCCAGCACCAACAGUGCCGCUCAUUCCUGUUCCUCCGCUUCCUCAUCAUCGCCGACAUCACCACGAGCGCCGACGUCACAAUCAUCGAUCACCAAGUCCGAACGAAAAAUCGGAACCUUUCACGGUGAACGUCAAGAUUGAAAAGCCAUCCUCACCAAUACCACCACCCUCAGUUCUCGGGUUCGUUCCCAUAGUUCGACCUCCUGUCGAAGGAACUCAAGAGGAGGCCUUGAGCGGACUUUUAAUCGAGGAAAAAGUUCUAGAUGAACAAGAAGAAGAAAGUACCGCCGUGACUUCGUCGACUGUAACUGUCGAGCCGUUACCUCCGGAAACUUGUUCCUCCCCGGAAGUCAAAGUUAAUUCGGAAGGAUCAACGGCAAUAGAAUUGGAAGAGCGACUCAUAGGUUUAGAGAUACCAGCGCAAGUGCUUGAGCUCAUAAAGCGCCUCGCUUCUGAAAACGCACUUUUGCGACAAGGUCGACUUUCGGAUUCGCGAAAAAUUGCUAGGUUACGCAGCCAAUUGCAGACUAAAGAAGCCCACACUGCGAGUGAAGUUGAAGUUGAGAUUAAAAAGGGCAUUUCUGCCACAAGCGCGACUGCGGCCGACAGCACUGAAAGUAAUGAGAAGCCUGAAGAAGUUUCUGUACCUUUGGAGAAAAAAGCACCAGAGCCUGAAGUCUCGAAAGAGAAUAAGGAUUAGCACUCUCAAUACUCAAUAGAAAAUGUCGAAAGUUUCUGUCUAAUGCUCAAUGGUUCUUAAAUUUUCCUUGAGUAAAUUCGUUUUCCGGAGAAAUUGUUUGAUUUUAAGUGUGACAAGGAAUGGUGGAAAGGAGGAAGAUCGAGAGCCGGUAGACAGACAUUUUUGAUGCAUUCUAUUGUUCGGUAGGAGAAACAACUGCUCAGCAAUAAUCGCGGCGCUUAUCUCUCGUUCAGAUAAGUGUGCACUGAAUUUCGCGCUAGAGGUAUUAAUGAUAUAACGAUUCUAAAUAAAUGAGAACUCUCUUGGUUAUGUGAUAAAUGAAGAGCCUUUAACGUUUUGACGGUUAAUUCAGAGUUCUUACUGUAAGUAAACUUUAUCGACGGUUUUGUUUUUAACCCAUUGUAGAUAUUGUACAAUACAGAGAAAAAAGAUUAAUUAGUUAUUAAAAGAGAUAUUACCAGGCCAAGAAAACAGAACGCAGAAGGUCGAAUGAGCAGUCGCUGGUGUAUUCGAUAUGAAAUAUUGAGUAAGCCGGCGCUUUUCCUUUUGAAGGUGAUAUACGUUCGAACAGAGAGAAGAUUAGGUUACUUUCCAUUAACCUCUUCGAAUCAUAAUCGCAUAAUGUAUAUACCGUACACAUUCUUUCGUCAGAUAUAUCUAUAAAAAUAACAAAUAUAUAUAUAUAUAUAUAUUAUAUAUACGUUAAUAAUAUAUGUGGGGGAGUCUGCAUGAAAAGGGCCCUUGUGGCCGGUAUGGAAUUACAUACAGGGGCAUAUGGCCGAAUAAAUUGCCGGCAUUUUAUGCCAAAAAAAAUCUUUUCAGUGGAAAAAGGAGUCACUCGGACAUUUCUGAAAAGUUAGAACUUGUAAAACUCGUUUUUCGAAAAAAAUACAGGGCUGAACAAAAGUUUUUGCACAACUCCUUUUUUUGUGACUUAUUAAGUUCUCUUAAUUUUAUUUAUGCAAGAGCUAAAAAAAUUCUAAUUGAAGGGUUGAUUGCUCUCAAAGUUCGGCAUAAAAUCAGCCUUGGAUGAAGCAAAUUUGUCUAUUUUUUAAGUAGAUAUUGCAACAACAGUGUAAAUUUAAAUGUUUUCUUAAAUAUUCAAUAAGUUUCGAAAUAAUCAACAUUCCUCAAUGUUCUUGGGAUCAUUUAGAAGAUAUUUUUCACUAUAUCACAGCCACUUAUGAUUAUAAAUCGUAAAAUUUUUCUCAUCGAAUUGCAAGAGUUUGAAGUUGUAACAAAAAAGUUGGAAAAAUUGCAAUAUUAUUUUUGGUCACAAAAAUAUUUUUGUAGAAUUUAUGAAACACGUAAUCAUGAAGCUGCUAUGAAAUUUUCUCAAAAUAUAUAUUUAUUUAAUUUUUAUUCUGAUUUUCGCACGGAUAAGAUGUUUUCAAAUUUUUCCAACUUUUUGUUACAAAUUCAAGUUCUUCCAAAUCCGAUAAGAAAAUGUCGACGUUUUAUAUUCAUAAGCUGCUGUAAUGCGGUGGAAAAAAAACUUUAAAAUGAGCCCAAGAACAUUAAAAAAUGUUGAUUAUUUCGGAAGUUAUUAAACAUUUAAGAAAAUAUUGAAAUUUAUUCUCUUUUUACAAUAUCUACUUCAAAAAUAGACAAAUCAGCUUCACCUUAGGCUCAUUUUAUACAGAAUUUCAAGAGCCAUCAACCCUUUAAAGAGAAAAUUGUUUAGCUCUAGACAUAAUGGAAAUUAAGAAAACUUAAUCAGUCACAAAACUUAAUCAACACCAAAAAAUUGCAAUAGAUUCACUAUAAGUGCCACUGUAAUCCCCCACUUAAACCAGAAAAUAAUAAUUUUGGCCU